AUGCUCAAGCACUUCUCCAGUUGCGGAGGCUUCGGUUCCUCGGCAAGUCGACGGCUUCCCUAUUCGUCGCGCAGAGCGAGGCAAGCAGGGGAACUUCAGACCUCCAGGACUGAGCCCGAGGGAUCGCAUCUGCGCUUACCGGUCUAUCAAGGCCCGGUUGCGCGAAAAAGCUUCCCCAACUCAUCGUCCCGGGUCGUUACCGACUCUGCGUUCUGUAGCACUUCCACUGCUCGUCGCCCUUCGUCGCCGGCACUGGACAUGGCCACGACGGGAAUGUCCGGCGCCCGAGCCGAUGAUGUCUGGCCGAUCUUCCCUAUGGCCGAAACAUAUCCGUCGGGCAGGGCCCAGGCUCAGAGAAUGGCACAGCAACAUACAACGAUAGAGGCUUCAUCCUUUUUUCUCGGAAGCCUACUCGCAGGCUUUAUGUUGGUUGCGCUCCUCAGGUCGCCAUUCAUUACCGUUUUUUUCAUCACUGGGAGGUUUAAACAAGGCUGGACUUUGAGAAGAAACUCACACACUUCAGAGAUCACUUCGUUCACAAACUGGCGUGUCAAAGGCAGUCGGUUUACUAUCAGUGGACUCCAACCCCGAAAAACACAGGAACUCUUCGUUGAGUAUCUAUACUGGUACAACAGACUUGCUCUUCAGACUGUAUGGAGAUGUCAGCUUUUUACUCUUGCUAAGCUUUCAAUCGUCCUGCUCUACCUUAUGGGUGUGACUUUUGCGAUUUUUUGGAAAAACUGGCAAACGGAUCAGUUCUUGAGCCAUUUCAGGAGACCAGCAUCCAUAGCUAUCGUCCAACUCCCGGUGCUAUUCCUUCUGGCAAUGAAAAACAACAUCUGUGGAUUUUUGGGGAUCGGAUUUGAACGCAUCAACUUCCUGCAUCGUCUAGUUGGUAGAGUCGUGGUACUGUGCUCAAUUAUUCACGCGGCGCUCAUCCUUAAAGUUCAAGUAUCUCCACUUCGCGAAUUGUUCCAACAAUCCACCUUCAUGUUUGGAGGGAUAUCACUGGCAAUCAUGAUAUUUGUUACAUUGACCUCCAUCGGACCGAUCAGGAAGCGAUUCUAUCAAUGUUUCCUUGUGGUACACAUUUUAGGUUAUAUCUUGCUACUCUUCGCUCUCUGGAAGCACGUUGAGGCUACCCAUCUCCCGAUCCUGAUAUGCUGCGGAUGUAAAGCAGUGGACCAAAUUUGUCAAGCUUUAAGCACCAGUUUCAGGACUGCCCAAUUUACCUCUUUACCCGGAAAGAUCACGAUAAUCGAAGUUCCUAACCUCGGUACCGGUUGGAGGGCAGGGCAAUUCGUCUUUCUGCGGGUAUACUCGUCGAAAUAUAUCCUAGAAAAGCAUCCAUUCACUAUCGCGAAUGCACCAGCCACCGAUUCUCCUUACAGGACAAAGAAUAGUCUCGUGUUGAUUGCGAAAGCGAAUGGAGAUUAUACGAGGAGAAUUCACGAGAUAGGAUUGACGAAGGCCGCCAUGGAGAUUCAAUCUUCAGAGGUCAAAAGUCCACAUAGCCUCAGUGCCCCCAGCAUUUCGACUACAGAGACUAAACCCGACCUAGGUUUAAUUGACUCAACCUACGAUAGCCAGCUUAUGGUUUCGGUCGAGGGACCCUAUGGCCAUAUGUGUCAUAUUGACCUUAGAAGUCAUGAGACAGCAGUUUUGAUAGGAGCUGGAGUGGCAUGCACUUUUGUCAUGUCGCUGUUCGAAGAGAUUGUAGGCUCGGCUCUCAAAGCUUCGGCUGCCACGCGAAACAUUCUCAUCUAUUGGACUUUGAGAGACAUUGAUAUGGUCGAAUUUUUCCUUGAACCCAUACGAGAAAAUAUGAGAAUGGCACAAGCCAUGGAUAUCGCCGUUCAAAUCAAGAUCCAUGUCACGUCACCGAUUGGAACAUACUGGCCGCGACCUUCCCGAGAGCUGACAAUAAUUCAGAGGAGAAUCAAUCUUAAGGAGGUAGUAGACGAGGCAGUGAACAUAACGAUCGCCGAAAUAAAUGCAUUGGGAAGAUGUGAUGCUGCAUGUGGUAUCGGAAUAGCUUCCGCUAGUGGAUCCUCAUCUUUUGCUAAAGCUUUGAGAGACGCGACUCUCAGUGUUGAUCGAAAAACUUUCACUGAAAUCGGUGGUAUCACUGUUCACACGGAGAUUUUCGACAAUCAGUGA